GAGCCUCCCACGAGCACAGCAGCAGUUGCAUGGGACGCUUUCUCGCGCCCCAACAAUAGAGUGGUAAGUACCAUUAUCACCGAUUAUAAUGGGGACAUUUUCCUGCGAAUAACCGUCAUUCCUCCCUCGUUACCGCGGACUGACCGUCUCUGUCGCGUGCGGGUCAAACUGACGGGGAGUUUUUAGGGUUACGAAACCUGUUGUUAGCUAAACCGGACCUGCUUUGAUGCUAAUUUCACCCAAAUCUCCCCCUGAGAUUCCCUUUGGAAAAAAGUGCCUGGAUUCUUCUCCGCCGCCGCCUCUUCCACCAGGAGUACAUUUGAUAUCAGAGACAGUACAAUCAUGGAUCCGACCCGGGGAUUUAAAUUCUUGGACACGGUGGCAUGCUCCGCUGCUCAGUGAGGAUGGAAAGGACAUAAGAGGGAUUAAAACUAACGUAUCAGGUAGUGGUGUCGCAGCAGAAGGAUGCCACUGGUGAAGCGCACCAUCGAGCCCAGGCACCUGUGCCACACGGUGCUGCCAAGGAACAUCAAGAAUGAGCUGGAGUGUGUGACUAACAUCUCCUUGGCCAACGUCAUACGCCAGCUCAGCAGCCUCAGUAAAUAUGCAGAAGACCUGUUUGGAGAACUGUUCAAUGAGGCCCACACCUUCUCUUUCCGGGUCAACUCCCUGCAAGAGCGCGUGGACCGCCUCUCCAUCAGCGUCACACAGCUGGACCCCAAAGAAGAGGAACUGUCUCUUCAGGACAUUACCAUGAGGAAGGCUUUCAGGAGUUCAACCAUUCAGGACCAGCAGCUGUUUGACCGCAAGUCGCUGCCCGUCCCACUGCAGGAGACCUUCCAGACAUGCGAGCAACCGCCACCCCUCAACAUCCUCACGCCCUACAGGGAUGAUGGAAAAGAGGGUCUGAAGUUCUACACCAAUCCAUCCUACUUCUUCGACCUGUGGAGGGAGAAGAUGCUGCAGGACACAGAGGACAAGAGGAAGGAGAGGCGGAAACAGAAGUUGCAGGACCCCCGCAUGUAUGAUCAGGUCUAUAGGUACUUAGACCUUCCAGGGCAGCUGAAAGCGAUAGACCGUCCGCAGGAGCCGGAGAAGAUACCGCGGGCGCCUCACGAUCGUAAAAAGGAGUGGCAGAAACUGGCACUGGGCGCAGAACUCGCCCAGGAUAUACCCGACGACAAACACAGAGAGGCCAACGGAUCUGCAGGUUACCACGACAACAGGGCUCCCUUGUACAUGGAACAUUUGGACGGGCCCUUCUCGCUGGCGGCGCUGCCCUACAGCCAGAUGAACGAGCUGCUGAACCGCACCGGGGACAGAAUGUAUUCGCGGCCCCACGACCCUCCACCGCCUCCACCCCUCAUGCACCCACUGGGAGAGAUCAAGCCACCCUCUGUGAUCAGUUCCAGUUCGGGUUUUUCCGACAGCAGACCCCAGUCUCCAGCACGGACAGCAGGCCUCAACUCCAACACUCCUCCUCCACCGCCUCCCCCUCUUCCCCCUCCACCUCCCCCGUUACCCUCCUCAGGCCUGCGGGGUACCCCUCCGCCUCCCAUUCCUCCUCUACCAGUCCAGCAGCAGCCCCCGGCCAUCCCGCCUCCCCCCGCCCCUCUCCAGAUCGCCCCCGGGGUGCUGCACCCGGCCCCUCCACCCGUGGCGCCUCCCCUCCACUCCUCACCGGCCCGUCUCCAGCAGGUCCUGGACAGGGGCCCACCCAUGGGCUCUGGGACCCAGUCGGACGGCAGCAUCCUGCCUCCUCCCCCGCCGCCUCCUCCUCUGCCCCUCACCGGAGCGCGGAGCUCCUCGCCCUGUCCAUCAGGCCCGCCACCUGUGCCGGCCUUCCCCUCAGCAGGAGCCAUGGCCUCCCCGCCGCCCCACACCCUCCACGACUUGGGGAGCAAGAGGCACCAUCCAGCCAAUCUGCCACCCAUCAGCGAUGCUCGCAGUGUCCUGUUGGAAGCUAUCAGAAAAGGCAUACAGCUGCGGAAAGUGGAGGAGCAGCGAGAGCAGGAGGCUAAGCACGAGCGUGUCGGCAAUGACGUGGCCACCAUCCUCUCACGCCGCAUCGCUGUGGAGUACUCUGACUCCGAGGACGAGUCUGAGUUUGACGAAGGAGACUGGAUGGAGUGAUGGCGAUCAGCAGAGGACACAUGUGUUCAGGUGCCCCCCCCCGACCAACCCUGCGCUCCACGCCUCGCCAUCAAAGAGUCCUUUCUACUCUGGAAAGAAGCGAAAAAUCGUUGUCGCCCACUUUUCCCUCUGUCGAGCUUUUUUAUCUCUGUCUAGCUGUGGUUUGUGUUCGGAGGAGAAUCUCCACGUCGCCCUCGUCCGUCUUUCUAGUGUUCCAAGAGAAGUUUUUGCAUUCAUUCUUUUCUGCACUACCACACGACUUUGUUUCUUCUGGAUUUCCUGUGAUGAAAUCCCCCCAUGUUUACUAUUGUUAUACAUGAAAAUAACUUUUUUUGAAGAACCACUUGUUUUUGUUUCUUAUCUGUGCGUCAAUGUAAAAAACAAAAUGAAGAAAAAAAGAAAAUAGAAAAGGAAAAAAUGAAGGCAUGUUGCAUUUAUCCUUUGUUCUCUCCAGCACUGUUUCGCCACCUGGUGGCUGAACAUGGCAUUGAAUGAAUGCUGUUUUAUUUUAUUGUCUUUUAUUUACCUUUUUCUGCUGAAACAUUUGCAGUUUUAACGGGCCAGUCGUUGCCGAUACUGACCGCUACAUGAACAAGUCGCUCGGUGUGAACAGAAGCUGGGUUGUCCUUUUGUUUUCUCUCCUUAUCAGGACUGACUCUACCACUUAGAACAAGCGGAAGAUUGUGUUGGUAUGUCAUGUGAUGAUUGAUGUAUCGUUGAAAAUGAAGAAGGGGAAGCAUAUGGCUGCAUAUCCAUCCACUUACAUCUAACUUUUACCCCAGGGAAAAGUAUGCCAAGAGAUUGAGCUUUUUGUCUGUCCAGGUUCUACAGAGCCAUGUACGCUCUCGUUGACAUCAGGCAAUGUCAAAGAUAAACUCUGAGCCAUUGGUUUUUAAUGAACGGUCCAUCCUCUUCUCUUUGCCAUAGACAUGGACACUGGAAGCGAUGAGAUGCUGUAGAUGUACAUCAGAUUUCCUGCCUCUCUUAUUGUCCCUGAUGCAUAUUCAGUGUGCCGAGGAAAACUUUUGAAUUUCGAGAAGGUACCGGCGAUAAUGAGUCUGACCAACACCCAGGUACAAACCACUCAACACCACUGAAGGCAGCUCUUCCCUCACAUCCCCCCUUUACUGUGUACCUGCCCACUAACGAGAAGCCUUACCUCGUUUGGUUCGACAGCAGCAAACGUUGUUCAAAAGAAUACAUUUUAUGUGAUACUGCCUCAGGCCUGAAAGAGAAGGAUGCCUUGUUUUGGCUCAUUUCAAAGAAAAUGUCUGCCAUCCUUUUCCGUUUGUUCGUUUGUUCUUUCUUCUACUUGCCUUAUUGUUCGUACAAAAUGUAUCGUUGAGUUGAUGAAUGUAUUGUGCUGUUACUACUUACUUGCCUGCGCUUGUAUGGAUUUGCUGUUUCUAUGUUUGGGGGGGACAAAGGGACGGGGGGACAGAAACCCUGGUUUAAAAAAAACGAAAAAGAUUAGAACAAUACUGUAUACCAUGUAACUUAUGUAACUGUUGACUGUAACAGUUUGCUUGAAUUAAUAAAAAUCUAAUGUUAUGUUU